AUGGGCAAAAAGAGACGCGGUCCAUCCCUGGACGAGCUCAUGGCUCGUCCAUGGUGCUACUACUGCGAGCGCGAUUUCGACGACUUGAAGAUUCUCACGCUGCAUCAAAAAGCAAAGCAUUUCAAGUGCGACAAGUGUGGUCGCAGACUGAAUACUGCAGGAGGAUUGUCGGUACACAUGAGCCAAGUCCACAAGGAACAGCUCACGGAGAUUGAAAAUGCUUUGCCCAACCGGGCAGGUCUUGAUGUUGAGAUCUUCGGCAUGGAGGGUGUGCCUGAAGAUGUGCUGCUCGCUCAUCAGCAGCGCGUCGCCGCACAGUUCCACCAGGCUGAGGCUGAGCGCCAGGCAGCAACUGGUAACCCGCCUGCAGGCAGUGGAAUGGGUGGGCAGCCUGCGAAGAAGCCGAAGCUGGAGGAUAUGUCGGAAAUGAAGAGGCGAUUGGCAGAACAUCGAGCAAAGAAAGCGGAAGCAGGUACUGGUGGCAGUAGCAGAGAAGCAACCCCCGCGAGCUCAGGACCAACUGCACCGCCUGCACCGCAGUUCGUGCCAAAGGCUGAUAAUGCAUAUGGACAAACCCCCGCUGCGUCUGCACCUGUUCCACCGCAACAGUAUUCCUACCCCCAACCCUACGGAGGCGCCCCUGCCGCUCCCUACCAACAGGUCGCUAGUCCGGUCUAUCAGACAUUCUCUCCUGCCAGCGGGCAGCAAUUCCCUGGUGCUGCGCCUUACCCUCCCGCCGGGUACCCUCCUCAGAUGCCCGCAUACCCUCCCACUCCCGGCUACGGGGCUUCUCCAUUCCCUCAGCAACCUACAUCCACCGAAUCUACCCCUCCCCCACGGCCUGGUAGCAUCCCAGCGCCCAGUGGCCUCCCACAACGCCCACACUUCGGCGCACCUGCAGUCAAUGCGCAGCAGAUGCAGCAAAUGCACAUGGGCCACGCAGUCCCACCAGCACAAGGUCACGGAAACGGAGACGCGAACCAAACGACCGGCCAAGUUAUCUCAUCGGUUAACGAUCUAAUUUCGGGCGCGGCAAAGGAUGCCGCAGAGAAGCCGACCAAGAAGGAGAAGUCCAAGGCUACGAGAAUGAUUUACCUGCAUGAUACGAUCAGCCCCGAAGAGAAGAUGUCUCAGCUCCCGCGGUACGCCGUCGCACGCCCACAAUUCCCGGAGCAUACAGUGCUCGGCAACGGCCCCGACGCCGCGGUGGUGGGAACGAUCCGUGAUUCAGAUACGGUGUUAGACCCGGCACACUAA